UAAAAUAGUUUUAGGUACCCGACGCGGUGAACAGUAGUAAAGAGAAAGAUAAAGGAAAAAGAGACGAGAGAGAGAUCCUUGUUACGAAUUCAGAAUCAGAAUCAGAAAUCCUUGCUUGUUAAGGAACAUAACAAGGAAUUGCUUCUUCACCAUGUCGAUGCUCAAUUCCUUCUUCGCCCAGGGUUUUAAGGCUGCUAAGUGCAAAACUCUGCUUAAACUGACAAUUCCACGGAUAAAGUUGCUUAGAAACAGAAGAGAGAUUCAAUUGAAGAAUAUGCGACGUGACAUUGCCAAGUUACUUGAGACUGGCCAGGAAGCCACGGCUCGUAUUAGGGUAGAGCAUAUUAUUAGAGAGGAGAACAUGAUGGCCGCUCAAGAGAUCAUUGAACUCUUUUGUGAACUUAUUUCUGUCCGCCUUCCAAUAAUUGAAUCUCAAAGGGAAUGUCCCCUAGACUUGAAGGAAGCUAUAUCUAGCAUAUGUUUUGCUGCACCAAGGUGUGCCGAUCUGCCAGAGUUGUUGCAAGUUCAGUUGCAAUUUGCGACAAAAUAUGGAAAGGAGUUUAUAUCUGCUGCCACUGAGCUCAGGCCAGAUUGCGGUGUUAAUCGCCAGUUAAUAGAGCUUCUGUCAGUUCGUGCUCCUUCACCAGAAAAGAAACUCAAUCUUCUAAAAGAUAUUGCUGUUGAACAUGAGCUAGAUUGGGAUCCAGCUACUUCUGAAACUGAGUUCUUUAAAAAACACGAAGACUUACUGAAUGGCCCGAGCGAAUUUUUUUGUGGGUCGAAAUUGCCCCUUCCUGAAGAAAAACAUGACGAGGAGUUGUAUUCCAGUCAUGAUGCUCAUGCUACUCCCAAUAAUGAGCAACUUGAUUCUGAUUAUGACUCUGACACAUUAGAAUUUCCUGAGGUUCCGAAGGCAUCUGUCCAGCCAAAUGCAAAUUUCGCCCCAGCUCCGGAUAUGACUAUACCUCCAGCUAUGCCACACCCUGAAGUUGAUCUUCAUUCAUCAAGCCACUCCGGAGAUUUUGCAGAUUUGAAACAGGAACAAGUUGAAUCAACAAUUCACAGAGAUGAACCCCAUACUUCAUAUGGUAAAAUGCAAAGUGAACAAUCUGUGCCAUUCAUCUCACCUCCAUCAGUAUCAUCUGCAUCGUAUAGCGCAACAAGGAAUAGUGACUCACCUCCGACUUUGUCAACCGCGAAAUCUGAAUCUAAUGUGGACUUGCAGGAUGUUGUAGCUGCUGCACACGCUGCUGCUGAAACUGCCGAACGUGCAGCAGCAGCAGCUCGUUCUGCAGCUAGCCUUGCUCAACUCCGUAUUAGCGAGCUUACCAAGAUGAGAAGUAAUGAACAUACACCUGACAGUAGCUCGGAGAAUCCAUUUUAUGCUGGAGGCAAUAAUGAAUCUACAACAACAGAAUUCACAGAGCAAAAUGAUGGAAAUUUUAUUAAGGAUCAUGAUAUUCACCAAGAUCGUUAUGCUUCCAUAGCCUCUCAUUCAUCAAGUUUUCCUUCAUUUGACACAAUCAAGGAAGAUUUUGAUUCUUCCCUACCCACUGAUCAUGUAUUGGAUGAUGACAAAUCCAAUAGUCACAACCAGCCUAAGAGAUUACCUUCAAUGGACGACGACCCGUAUUUCUCAUAUCCCAACUUAUUUACCUCUCAAAACUCAAAUGUUGGAUCUCAUACUCAUUCGGAUAACAGCCGUUCGACUUAUGAUAUGUGACGGAAUUAUCAUCAUUCAACCACACAUUUCCUUCAGCCCGAAAGUCUUGCUUGUGAGUGUGUUUUAUUCUGCUGCGAAAUCCACCUUAUUUUUCUUUUUCUUUUCAAAGAGCAUGCAAUUCCUGUCUUAUUGUCUUCAUAGUAUAUUAUAUACUAUGGCUGGCUUUGCAUAAUGAACAGCACUGAAAAUAUUCAAUUGCUUCUGUCCAAAAGCUUGUACCUGGUGGGGAUGCUAUAAUAUAAUGUAGAAAUCUGAUGGUUUCAGAAUAAAUCCAUUCAGCUUUGUUUUUCUUUAUUUACUACUACACCGGAAUGAAGUAUAAAAAAAAAUGUUAAUUGAAAAGUUGAUGUAUUUGGUCUUAGUUAAUUUUAUUCCGGAGGGAGAACAUUUACUUUACAUUAUAGGAGGAUACAAGACAUGUAAUGUGUUCAAAACUUUAUUUGUAAUUAUUGUAAUAUUGUUGGAUAUUACAGUGUGAAUGAUAUCACUUGACUUGUUUUAUUCUAUUUUAUUAAGUGCAUAUGAUUUUAUCAUA